CGGACAUCUCUUCCGCUCCAGUCUAAUCUCCGUCGCCGAAAACCGCUACUCCAUCCGCCGCCGCCGCUCUUCUCCUUCUCCCUCCAACAUUCCCCAACUGUAACGUCCCCCUACAGUUCACGCGGUUGAUAGUUGGCCUUCCAGCACAAAAACUUGAGCUUCUUCCCUUCAUCCUCGAAACCACUUGUUUUCAACCGAGCUCCGAAAUUCAUACUGAACUGUGGCAGGGGAGACCGUAAACGAAGCGAGAAUGAGCUCAGCAGGCAUUCCAAAGGAAGCAAUCGAAGUGAUUGCACAGACCGUAGGAAUUACGAAUCUCUCCCCUGAGGUUUCGCUCGCACUUGCUCCUGAUGCCGAGUACCGACUCCGUGAAAUUAUGCAGGAAGCAAUCAAGUGCAUGCGCCACGCUAGGAGAACCACUUUGACCGGCGACGAUGUAGAUAGCGCUCUUACCUUGAGAAACGUCGAGCCUGUAUAUGGGUUCACCUCCAAGGACUCUCUGCGAUUCAAGAGAGCUGGUGGGUUUAAGGAUCUUUACUACGUUGAUGACAAGGUUGUGGAGUUUAAAGAUGUCAUGGAAUCGCCUUUACCGAAGCCUCCUCUGCACACUGCAGUUACUGCUCACUGGCUAGCGAUUGAAGGAAUUCAGCCCGCAAUUCCUGAGAAUCCUCCCGUUGAAGUCCUAACAGCAACUGCUGAUGCGAAAAGGUCAGAGUAUAAGGAAGAUGGUCUUCCUGUUGAUAUUAGAUUACCCGUCAAGCAUGUGCUAUCAAGAGAACUUCAGCUGUACUUUGAAAAGAUCAAGGUCCUAACCAUGAGGAGGCCUGACUCGGUCAUAUUCAAGCAAGCAUUACUGAGCUUGGCAACAGACUCAGGACUGCAUGCUUUAGUGCCUUAUUUCACACACUUUAUUGCCGAUGAGGUUGCGAGGAAUUUAAAUAACUUCUCUCUUUUGUUUGCACUGAUGCGCGUUACCCGAAGUCUGACCCAGAACUCCCACAUUCAUAUAGAACCUUAUCUACACCAACUCCUGCCAUCUAUUCUUACCUGCUUGGUUGCCAGAAGAUUGGGACACAGAUUAACAGACAAUCACUGGGAGUUAAGGAAUUUCACAGCCAAUCUUAUUGGUUCAAUAUGCAAAACAUUUGGGCAUCUUUAUCACAAUCUCCAACCACGUAUCACAAGGACCCUGGUUCAUGCAUUCCUCGACCCAACAAAGUCCUUGACUCAACAUUAUGGUGCAAUACAAGGACUAGCAGCUCUUGGACCCAGUGUGGUUCGACUGCUUAUACUACCAAACCUAGAGCCAUAUUUGUUGCUUAUUGAACCUGACAUGCAACUUGAGAAGCAAAAGAAUGAGGUGAAGAGGUAUGAAGCUUGGCGUGUAUAUGGUGCAUUGAUGCGUGCAGCGGGUUUGUGCUUGCAUGAUCGUCUUAAGAUCCUGCCCGGUUUACUGACUCCGCCAGCUCGACCAAUCUUGAAGAGCAAUGGCAAGAUCGUGACAGGAAUGGCAAACAAACGCAAGGCAAGCAGUGACAGCUUGAUGCAGCAGCAACCACCACUCAAGAAAAUGACCACUGAGGCUGGUGCAGUGGGGAUGAUGUCAAUGAAUCCCAUGCAAGGCGGCAGAUUCCCCCCAUCGCUAGUGGCCUCAGGGAUGAUGGGCGGUGUAACGUCAAUUUCUCGACAGUUACCGGUUCUGGGUGAGAAUAUGGCAGGAGCCGUGAGGGAUGCUGGAGCAAAAACAUCAUCCCUCGUCCUUGCUCAAGCAUGGAAGGACGAUAUGAGUGCCGGCAAUUUGCUGGCUUCACUCUUUGAGCUCUUUGGUGAAAGAAUGUUCUCUUUCACCCCCAAACCUGAGUUGUCCUUUUUCUUGUGAUUCUUUAGUGGAAUUUUUAUGUAAAUUAAUCGUCGUCUGAAACAGAAUGACCAAUUUACAAUGUCACAGGUGUACUGGAAAUGUGUAAUAGAAAUUUUGAAUUGAAGAUCAGAAGUCAAUAAUGGGUUUAUUGACAUGGUGUUUCUUAACCUCCUCUUUUAACCCAUUUUCAUCUCCAUAUGGAUGUUAUAUCUUAUUUACCAGAGCUUCAAUUAAGUAACUAAAAGCAUAGGAAUAGAGAUUAUAAUUUUACAACUCGAGGAGCUUCACAAUCAAUACACAGCAACAUUGCAGGAGGAAACCUCUCCAUCUCAAGAAUAAACCAAAAGAGGGGAACA